AUGGAGCCUCAAAACCGCCCAAUCGGAGAGUUUGAUUCACUAGACAUCUUCUUCACAAAACGCCAACCUAUAUGCCCUUUACCACCUACUGGAGAGUUCAAGAUAAGCUCUAAACUCAUUGCUUUGGUGGAGCAGCAUCAGUUUCGUGGCCUAGAGGAAGAGCAGCCCAUUGAUCAUAUUGAGAAGUUUGAAGAAAUCUGCGCUACAAGGAGAUGUAGUGGAGUUUCUGAGGAUUACUUGAAGUGUACUUUAUUCUCUUUCUCUUUGAUUGAGAAGGCAUACAAAUGGAUGAGAGCUCUUCCAGCAGGAUCAAUCACUACUUGGGAUGAGUACAAGAGAGCUUUCUUGAAGAAUUUCUACCCAAAAGAGAGAUUAAAAUGGAUGAGAAGAAGAAUCUCAGAAUUUCGACAUGAAGCACAUGAAUCAUUCUUUGAGGCUGUUUCACGGUUCAAGGAGUACAAGAGAGAGUGCCCUCACCAUGGUUUUACAGAGAUUGCUUUGCUAAACUUCUUCUAUCAAGGAGUUGAUGAGAAAUUCAAGAUGGCGCUCAACACCGCAAGUCAAGGGGACUUCAUGACUAAUACUAUUCUCAAGCCAACAUUCUCAUUGAUAACUUGGCAGCAAGCAGCAAAAGUUCAACCAAGACUAUGUGCAAGGCGUGGAGGAGAUCAAACCAAAAUCUGA